AUGCAGCACAAGCGCAUUUGCCUCGGCCUCUUCGCCGCCUUUGCCAGCCUCGUCACCGCCGCCGACGAUUCCGAUGUCACCCAGCUCACCGGCAAGACCUUUGACGACUUCGUCAAGGCCAAUGACCUGGUCCUCGCCGAGUUCUUUGCUCCCUGGUGCGGUCACUGCAAGGCCCUCGCCCCCGAGUAUGAGGAGGCCGCCACCACCCUGAAGGAGAAGAACAUCAAGCUAGCCAAGAUUGACUGCACUGAGGAGGCCGACCUCUGCCAGACACACGGCGUCGAGGGCUACCCCACCCUCAAGGUCUUCCGCGGCCUCGACAACGUCUCCCCCUACGGCGGCCAGCGCAAGGCCGCUGCCAUCACAUCCUACAUGGUCAAGCAGUCCCUGCCCGCCGUCUCCACCCUCGAAAAGGACACACUCGAGGACUUCAAGACGGCCGACAAGGUCGUCGUCGUGGCCUACGUCGCCGAGGACGACAAAACCUCGGCCGAGGUCUUCAAGACGGUCGCUGAGAAGCACCGCAACGAUUACCUCUUUGGCUCCGUCGCCGACGUCGCUGUGGCCGAGGCUGAGGGUGUCAAGGCCCCCGCCGUCGUGCUCUACAAGAGCUUCGACGAGGGCAAGACUGUCUUCAAGGGCAAGAAGUUCGAGGCCGAUGCCAUCGAGGAGUUUGCCAAGACCGCCGCCACGCCCCUCAUUGGCGAGAUCGGCCCUGAGACCUACGCUGGCUACAUGGCCGCCGGUCUUCCCCUCGCUUACAUCUUCGCCGAGACCGAGGAGGAGCGUACCGAGCUCACCGCGGCUCUCAAGGCUGUUGCUGAGAAGCACAAGGGCAAGGUCAACUUCGGUACUAUUGACGCCAAGUCCUUUGGUGCCCACGCCGGCAACCUGAACCUGAAGACCGACAAGUUCCCCGCUUUUGCCAUCCAGGACAUUGAGGGCAACAAGAAGUUCCCCUUUGACCAGGAGAAGGAGAUUACCGAGAAGUCCAUUGGCAAGUUUGUCGCUGACUACGUCGCCGGCAAGAUUGAGCCCAGCAUCAAGUCGGAGCCCAUCCCCGAGUCCCAGGAUGGCCCCGUCACCGUCGUCGUCGCCAAGAACUACGAGGAUAUUGUCCUUGAUGAUAAGAAGGACGUGCUCAUCGAGUUCUACGCCCCCUGGUGCGGCCACUGCAAGGCCCUCGCCCCCAAGUACGACCAGCUUGGCGCCGCCUUCCAGGAGUCCGAGUUCAAGGACAAGGUCACCAUCGCCAAGGUCGACGCCACCCUCAACGACGUCCCCGACGACAUUUCCGGCUUCCCCACCAUCAAGCUCUACCCCGCCGGCGACAAGAAGAACCCCGUCACCUACAACGGCGCCCGCACCCCCGAGGACCUCAUCGAGUUCAUCAAGGAGAACGGCAAGUACAAGGCCAGCGUCACCAUCAAGGAGGAGCCUACCGAGGAGGCCGCUCCCGCUGCCUCCGAGGCCAAAGAGGAGCCCGCCGCCGCCGAGGAGGAAGACCACGACGAACUGUAA